AUGUCCAUGUCUUCCAACAGGCGGUGGUGCCCGACCUCUGAGCAAGUUAUGAUACUUGAGGAGCUUUACAGGCGGGGGCUUAGGACUCCCACUGCUCCGCAGAUACAGAGGAUCACAGCCCACCUAUCCGUCUACGGCCGGAUUCAGGGAAAGAACGUCUUCUAUUGGUUCCAGAAUCACAAGGCCCGUGACCGCCAAAAGCUGCGCAAGAGGCUCGCCGCUAACCCACACCUUUACACGUGCGCCGCACCUACACAUUAUCCCACCUUCUCCACCUACUACUAUCCCUACUCUCACUCUCCACAAUUUUUGUAUCUCCCCCCACCUUCUCCACCUCAGGCUGACCAGGAGGCCCCCGGUGGGUUGGCGAUGCAGAGUAACAAGACAGAUCAUCAUCAUAAAGAUUGGUUGCUCAGAUCGUGCGGUCAGGAUUUCAGUAUGAUGGUGGAGGUGGGGCCCAGCACGGCGUGCUGCACCACAAGGAGUGAGCCCCUCCAAACCCUACAACUCUUUCCCCUCAGAUCCCCCGCUGCUGCAGACAACCAAAACUCCUCGCCUUAA